CGCCGCCCCUUCCCCGUCGGCAGCGCGCCGCGGUCCUCGCUGCGGGGCCAGGCCCGCCCGCCGCCCCUCCGGUCUAAUACUUCUCCACAGCUGCUUCAGGAAGAAAGUGCCUGCCAUUCCUAUUGUUUCUGCGCAGGUUCAUGCCAGCACAGAACAGAGAAUCAGUUGGAGCCCAGAUUUCAAGUCUUGAGUAAGUUACCAUCAGGGGAAUGGGCCCUGUUGUGCUGACACGUUCAGAACCCGUUAUCCAAGGAAUACUUUAAAGAAUCGGAGUGUUUAUCACCAACCAGCCAAAAUGAACAUGGUGAAGAGGAUCAUGGGGCGCCCCCGGCAGGAGGAAUGCAGUCCUCAGGACAACGCCUUGGGACUGAUGCACCUCCGCCGCCUCUUCACGGAGCUGUGCCAUCCUCCCCGGCACAUGACUCAGAAGGAACAAGAAGAGAAACUGUACAUGAUGUUGCCAGUGUUCAACAGGGUUUUUGGAAAUGCUCCGCCAAAUACAAUGACAGAAAAAUUCUCUGAUCUUCUGCAGUUCACAACACAAGUCUCCCGACUAAUGGUGACAGAAAUUCGAAGGAGAGCAUCCAACAAAUCCACAGAGGCUGCAAGUCGAGCCAUAGUCCAGUUCCUGGAGAUCAAUCAGAGUGAAGAGGCCAGUAGAGGCUGGAUGCUUCUGACAACCAUUAAUUUGUUAGCGUCCUCUGGUCAGAAAACUGUGGACUGCAUGACAACGAUGUCAGUGCCUUCCACCCUGGUUAAAUGUUUGUAUCUGUUUUUUGACCUUCCACAUGUGCCUGAGGCAGUUGGAGGUGCACAGAAUGAGCUACCUCUAGCAGAACGUCGGGGACUACUCCAGAAAGUUUUCGUACAGAUAUUAGUGAAACUCUGCAGUUUUGUUUCUCCCGCGGAGGAGCUGGCUCAGAAAGAUGAUCUCCAGCUUUUAUUCAGUGCAAUAACCUCCUGGUGCCCUCCCUAUAACCUGCCUUGGAGGAAGAGUGCCGGAGAAGUCCUGAUGACUAUAUCCCGUCAUGGUCUUAGUGUCAAUGUAGUGAAGUAUAUUCAUGAAAAAGAAUGUUUAUCUACAUGUGUUCAGAACAUGCAGCAGUCAGAUGACCUGUCUCCCCUGGAAAUUGUUGAAAUGUUUGCUGGACUUUCUUGUUUCCUCAAAGAUUCCAGUGAUGUUUCCCAAACACUCUUGGAUGAUUUUCGGAUAUGGCAAGGAUAUAAUUUUCUUUGUGAUCUCUUACUUAGAUUGGAACAAGCAAAAGAGGCAGAAUCCAAAGAUGCCUUGAAAGACCUGGUUAAUCUGAUCACUUCCCUAACAACAUACGGUGUGAAUGAACUGAAGCCAGCUGGUAUUACCACAGGAGCGCCCUUUCUGUUGCCUGGCUUUGCAGUACCUCAGCCUGCAGGCAAAGGUCACAGUGUGAGGAAUAUCCAGGCCUUUGCAGUUCUUCAGAAUGCAUUCUUAAAAGCAAAAACCAACUUCCUUGCCCAAAUCAUCCUUGAUGCCAUCACCAAUAUUUACAUGGCUGACAAUGCCAAUUAUUUCAUCCUAGAGUCACAGCAUACGCUGUCACAGUUUGCAGAGAAGAUUUCUAAACUCCCAGAAGUGCAAAGCAAAUACUUCGAGAUGCUGGAGUUUGUCGUUUUUAGCUUAAAUUAUAUCCCUUGUAAAGAACUUAUUAGCGUUAGUAUCCUCUUAAAGUCUAGCUCUUCUUACCACUGUAGCAUUAUUGCAAUGAAAACCCUUCUUAAGUUUACAAGACAUGACUACAUAUUUAAAGAUGUGUUCAGGGAGGUGGGCCUUCUGGAGGUCAUGGUAAACCUUUUACAUAAAUACGCUGCCCUCUUGAAGGAUCCAACUCAGGCACUAAGUGAACAAGGAGAUUCAAGAAAUAAUAGUUUAAUUGAAGACCAAAAACACCUGGCUUUGCUGGUUAUGGAGACUCUGACAGUGCUUCUUCAAGGAUCAAACACUAAUGCAGGAAUUUUCCGGGAGUUUGGAGGUGCUAGGUGUGCCCAUAACAUAGUGAAGUACCCUCAGUGCCGGCAGCACGCCCUGAUGACUAUCCAGCAGUUGGUGCUCUCUCCAAAUGGAGAUGAUGACAUGGGCACUCUCCUGGGGCUGAUGCAUUCAGCUCCCCCCACAGAAUUGCAGCUGAAGACUGACAUUUUAAGGGCUCUCCUGACGGUCCUUAGAGAAAGCCAUCGUUCAAGGACAGUUUUUAGGAAAGUUGGAGGAUUUGUGUACAUUACAUCCUUGCUUGUUGCUAUGGAAAGAUCUUUGAGCUGUCCACCCAAGAAUGGCUGGGAGAAAGUGAACCAGAAUCAAGUGUUCGAACUUCUCCACACUGUGUUCUGCACGCUGACUGCAGCAAUGCGCUACGAGCCAGCCAACUCGCAUUUCUUCAAAACAGAGAUUCAGUAUGAGAAGUUGGCAGAUGCUGUUCGCUUUCUUGGCUGCUUCUCAGACCUAAGAAAAAUAAGCGCCAUGAAUGUCUUCCCCUCAAAUACACAGCCAUUUCAAAGACUGUUAGAGGAAGACGUGAUGUGCAUGGACUCGGUGUCACCCACUUUACGGCACUGCAGUAAACUCUUUAUUUAUCUCUACAAAGUAGCCACAGAUUCCUUUGACAGUCGUGCAGAACAGAUACCUCCUUGCCUGACAAGUGAGUCUUCUCUCCCCUCUCCUUGGGGUACACCAGCUUUGUCCAGGAAAAGGCAUGCAUAUCAUUCUGUUUCAACUCCCCCUGUUUGCCCUGCUAAAAAUGUGGGUGACCUGAAACUACAUGUGACAGCUUCAUCCCUCCAGACAUCUGAUGCUGUCAUCAUCCACCCUGGUGCCAUGCUUGCUAUGCUGGACCUCCUUGCUUCUGUUGGGUCUGUGACACAGCCAGAGCAUGCUUUGGACCUUCAACUUGCUGUGGCAAAUAUUUUACAAUCGCUGGUGCACACAGAAAGAAACCAGCAAGUCAUGUGUGAAGCUGGUCUUCACGCACGGCUGCUGCAGAGGUGCAGUGCUGCCCUGGCUGAUGAGGACCACUCCCUGCACCCACCCCUCCAGCGGAUGUUUGAACGAUUAGCCUCUCAGGCCCUGGAGCCCAUGGUGCUGAGGGAAUUUUUACGUUUGGCAAGUCCUUUAAAUUGUGGUGCCUGGGACAAAAAACUUCUAAAACAAUACAGGGUUCACAAGCCAAGUUCCCUGAGUUAUGAACCAGAGAUGAGAAGUAGUAUGGUCACAUCUCUGGAAGGCCUGGGUUCUGAUAAUGUCUUUAGCUUACAUGAAGAUAACCAUUACCGGAUCAGCAAGAGCUUGGUCAAAUCUGCAGAAGGAAGUACGGUACCCUUGACCAGGGUGAAGUGCCUGGUCUCCAUGACAACCCCUCAUGACAUCAGACUUCAUGGCUCAUCAGUUACUCCAGCCUUUGUUGAAUUUGACACUUCCCUUGAAGGUUUUGGCUGUCUGUUUCUGCCCAGUCUGGCCCCUCACAAUGCCCCUACAAAUAAUGCUGUCGCAACAGGCCUCACCGAUGGGGCUGUGGUCAGUGGCGUUGGUUCCGGUGAAAGAUUCUUCCCUCCUCCCUCUGGCUUAAGCUACUCCAGCUGGUUUUGUAUUGAACAUUUUAGUUCUCCUCCCAAUAACCACCCUGUCAGACUUCUUACUGUUGUGCGACGAGCAAAUUCUUCUGAGCAGCAUUAUGUGUGCCUUGCCAUAAUCCUAUCAGCAAAAGACCGGUCUCUGAUUGUUUCCACUAAAGAGGAACUACUCCAAAAUUACGUUGAUGAUUUUAGUGAAGAAUCUUCUUUUUAUGAGAUUCUUCCAUGCUGUGCUCGCUUUCGAUGUGGAGAGCUUAUUGUUGAGGGACAGUGGCAUCAUCUGGUUCUGGUGAUGAGCAAAGGCAUGCUGAAAAAUAGCACUGCCACCCUCUACAUUGAUGGACAGCUCGUUAGCACCGUGAAGCUUCAUUACGUUCACAGUACUCCUGGGGGCUCAGGCUCUGCAAACCCUCCAGUGGUGAGCACAGUCUAUGCAUACAUUGGUACUCCACCUGCCCAACGCCAGAUUGCCUCAUUAGUUUGGCGCCUGGGACCCACGCAUUUUCUAGAAGAAGUUUUACCUCCUUCAAAUGUUACUACCAUUUAUGAACUUGGACCAAAUUAUGUUGGAAGCUUUCAAGCUGUCUGUAUGCCAUGUAAAGAUGUGAAAUCUGAAGGUGUAAUCCCGUCUCCAAUAUCAUUAGUACCAGAGGAGAAGGUAUCAUUUGGCCUCUAUGCACUUUCUGUGUCUUCCCUAACUGUGGCAAGAAUCCGAAAAGUUUAUAACAAGUUGGACAGCAAAGCCAUCGCUAAGCAGUUAGGCAUUUCCUCCCAUGAGAAUGCCACGCCUGUAAAGCUGAUACACAAUUCAGCAGGACAUCUAAAUGGACCUGCACGGACCAUUGGGGCUACUCUCAUUGGAUACUUGGGAGUAAGAACAUUUGUCCCUAAGCCUGUUGCCACUACUUUGCAGUACAUUGGAGGAGCUGCAGCUAUCCUGGGCCUAGUGGCCAUGGCCUCUGAUGUGGAAGGGUUAUAUGCAGCUGUCAAGGCCCUGGUUUGUGUGGUCAAGAGUAACCCACUAGCCAGCAAAGAAAUGGAAAGAAUCAAGGGCUACCAGUUGCUGGCAAUGCUGCUUAAGAAGAAACGUUCCCUUCUGAACAGCCACAUCCUCCAUCUCACUUUUUCCUUGGUGGGAACUGUUGACAGUGGGCAUGAGACCUCCAUUAUUCCAAAUUCAACUGCUUUCCAGGACCUUCUAUGUGAUUUUGAAGUCUGGCUCCAUGCCCCAUAUGAACUUCAUCUUUCCUUAUUUGAACACUUUAUUGAACUACUCACAGAGUCCAGCGAAGCUGCAAAGAAUGCCAAACUAAUGAGGGAAUUCCAGUUAAUCCCAAAGCUGCUACUGACUCUUCGAGAUAUGUCUUUAUCCCAGCCUACCAUUGCUGCUAUUAGUAAUGUGCUGAGCUUCUUGUUGCAAGGCUUUCCGAACAGCAAUGAUCUCCUCAGGUUUGGGCAGUUUAUUUCUUCCACUUUGCCAACCUUUGCAGUUUGUGAGAAAUUUGUAGUUAUGGAAAUAAAUAAUGAAGAGAAGCUUGACACUGGAACUGAAGAGGAGUUUGGAGGUCUCGUGUCUGCUAAUCUUAUACUUUUGAGGAACAGACUUCUAGAUAUCUUGCUAAAAUUAGUUUAUACAUCCAAAGAAAAGACAAGCAUUAAUUUGCAAGCGUGUGAAGAGCUGGUCAAAACACUGGGUUUCGACUGGAUCAUGAUGUUUAUGGAAGAACACCUACAUUCUACCACAGUUACUGCAGCCAUGAGGAUUCUUGUUGUCCUACUGAGUAAUCAGUCUAUUCUCAUGAAGUUUAAAGAAGGACUCAGUGGUGGAGGAUGGCUUGAACAGACAGAUUCUGUCUUAACUAAUAAGAUUGGAACAGUAUUAGGAUUCAAUGUGGGCAGGAGUGCUGGUGGGAGAUCAACAGUCAGGGAGAUUAACCGGGAUGCCUGUCACUUUCCUGGUUUCCCAGUUCUGCAGUCAUUCCUUCCUAAACACACUAAUGUCCCUGCCCUCUAUUUUCUUCUCAUGGCAUUGUUUCUGCAGCAGCCAGUGAGCGAGCUGCCUGAGAACCUGCAGGUCAGUGUGCCUGUCAUCAGCAGCCGAUGUAAGCAGGGUUGCCAGUUUGAUCUGGACUCUAUUUGGACGUUCAUCUUUGGAGUUCCUGCCUCCAGUGGAACCGUGGUCUCUUCUAUCCAUAACGUGUGUACAGAAGCGGCUUUUUUACUACUGGGCAUGCUCCGCAGUAUGCUGAACUCACCUUGGCAAUCAGAAGAAGAGGGCUCUUGGCUCCGAGAAUAUCCUGUGACACUCAUGCAGUUCUUUAGAUACUUGUAUCACAAUGUUCCAGACCUUGCCUCCAUGUGGAUGAGCCCUGAUUUCUUGUGUGCAUUGGCAGCAACCGUCUUCCCCUUCAAUAUUCGCCCUUAUUCAGAGAUGGUGACUGACCUUGAUGAUGAGGUUGGAUCUCCAGCAGAAGAGUUCAAAGCCUUUGCAGCAGACACAGGGAUGAAUAGGAGCCAAUCGGAGUACUGCAAUGUGGGUGCCAAGACGUAUCUGACCAAUCACCCAGCCAAGAAGUUUGUUUUUGACUUUAUGCGGGUCUUAAUAAUAGACAACCUUUGUCUUACACCUGCCAGCAAACAAACACCACUAAUUGAUCUUCUAUUAGAGGCUUCCCCUGAAAGAUCUACAAGAACUCAGCAGAAAGAAUUUCAGACAUAUAUUUUGGAUAGUGUGAUGGACCAUUUGCUUGCAGCUGAUGUGUUACUGGGGGAAGAUGCAUCUCUGCCUAUUACCAGUGGAGGAAGCUACCAGGUAUUGGUGAAUAAUGUGUUUUAUUUCACACAACGUGUGGUGGACAAGCUUUGGCAAGGCAUGUUCAACAAAGAAUCUAAACUUCUUAUAGAUUUUAUAAUUCAACUAAUUGCACAGUCAAAGAGAAGAUCACAGGGGUUGUCACUGGAUUCAGUUUAUCACUGCCUCAAUAGAACCAUCUUGUACCAGUUCUCACGGGCACACAAAACCGUUCCUCAGCAAGUAGCUCUCCUUGAUUCUCUCAGGGUCCUUACUGUAAACAGGAACUUGAUCCUGGGACCUGGGAACCAUGAUCAAGAAUUCAUUAGCUGUCUGGCUCAUUGCCUGAUUAAUCUGCAUGUCGGCAGCAACGUGGAUGGAUUUGGACUGGAAGCAGAAGCUCGCAUGACUACAUGGCACAUUAUGAUCCCCUCUGACAUUGAACCAGAUGGUGGCUACAGCCAAGAUAUUAGUGAAGGUCGUCAGCUUCUCAUAAAAGCUGUCAACAGAGUUUGGACUGAACUAAUACAUAGUAAGAAACAAGUCUUGGAGGAGCUUUUCAAAGUAACUCUGCCUGUGAAUGAAAGAGGCCACGUGGACAUAGCUAUAGCAAGGCCGCUCAUUGAAGAAGCUGGUUUGAAGUGCUGGCAGAAUCAUUUAGCCCAUGAAAAGAAAUGCAUAAGUCGAGGAGAAGCCUUAGUGCCCACCACGCAGUCCAAACUGUCCCGCGUCAGCAGCGGGUUUGGUCUUUCCAAGUUAACAGGAUCAAGAAGGAACCGAAAGGAAAGUGGUCUUAAUAAACACAGUCUUUCCACCCAGGAGAUUUCUCAGUGGAUGUUCACACACAUUGCUGUUGUUCGUGACUUAGUAGACACUCAAUAUAAGGAAUACCAGGAGCGUCAGCAGAACGCCCUGAAGUAUGUGACAGAAGAGUGGUGCCAGAUCGAGUGUGAGCUGCUGCGGGAGCGAGGCCUGUGGGGUCCCCCCAUUGGUUCCCAUCUGGACAAAUGGAUGUUGGAGAUGACAGAAGGGCCCUGCAGGAUGAGGAAAAAAAUGGUGCGAAAUGAUAUGUUUUAUAACCAUUACCCUUACGUGCCAGAAACAGAACAAGAGACAAACGUGGCGUCUGAGAUCCCAAGUAAACAGCCUGAGACACCCGAUGAUAUCAUUCCUCAAAAGAAACCUGCCCGAUACAGAAGAGCUGUAAGUUACGACAGUAAGGAGUACUACAUGCGACUGGCCUCGGGCAACCCCGCCAUCGUGCAAGACGCCAUUGUGGAGAGUUCCGAAGGGGAAGCUGCCCAGCAAGAACCUGAGCAUGGUGAAGACACGAUCGCCAAAGUCAAAGGUCUGGUCAAGCCUCCUCUGAAACGCUCCCGAUCUGCACCUGAUGGAGGAGAUGAGGAGAACCAGGAGCAGCUCCAGGACCAGGUUGCUGAGGCCAGCGCCAUAGAAGAGGAGGAGAAAACAGACAAUGCCACCUUACUGCGCCUGUUAGAGGAAGGGGAAAAGAUCCAACACAUGUACCGUUGUGCCCGAGUUCAGGGCCUAGAUACAAGUGAGGGGUUACUUCUUUUUGGUAAAGAGCAUUUUUAUGUCAUUGAUGGCUUUACCAUGACAGCGACGAGGGAAAUAAGAGAUAUUGAAACCUUGCCUCCAAAUAUGCAUGAGCCAAUUAUCCCUAGAGGAGCCAGACAAGGCCCUAGUCAGCUCAAGAGGACCUGCAGCAUCUUUGCUUAUGAAGAUAUCAAGGAAGUGCAUAAAAGGAGGUACCUCCUGCAGCCUAUUGCUGUGGAAGUUUUCUCUGGAGAUGGACGGAAUUACCUCCUUGCUUUUCAGAAAGGAAUCAGAAACAAAGUCUAUCAAAGGUUUUUGGCUGUAGUGCCAUCCCUGACAGACAGUUCAGAGUCUGUGUCUGGGCAGCGACCAAACACAAGCGUGGAGCAGGGAUCUGGGUUGCUGAGCACUUUGGUUGGAGAGAAGUCUGUAACUCAAAGAUGGGAGAGAGGUGAAAUCAGCAACUUCCAGUAUUUGAUGCACUUGAACACAUUGGCUGGCAGAUCAUAUAAUGAUCUCAUGCAGUAUCCUGUCUUCCCCUGGAUUCUUGCGGAUUACGACUCAGAGGAGGUGGAUCUUACUAAUCCCAAGACGUUUAGAAACCUGGCUAAGCCAAUGGGAGCACAGACAGAUGAACGAUUAGCGCAGUAUAAGAAGCGCUAUAAAGACUGGGAGGAUCCUAAUGGAGAAACUCCAGCAUACCACUAUGGGACGCACUAUUCGUCUGCAAUGAUUGUGGCUUCUUACCUUGUAAGGAUGGAGCCUUUCACCCAGAUAUUCUUAAGGCUACAGGGUGGCCACUUUGACCUGGCUGACCGGAUGUUUCACAGUGUGCGCGAGGCCUGGUAUUCUGCAUCAAAGCACAACAUGGCAGAUGUCAAAGAACUUAUCCCAGAGUUUUUUUACUUACCAGAAUUCCUGUUCAAUUCCAACAACUUUGACCUAGGCUGUAAACAAAAUGGCACUAAGCUUGGAGAUGUCAUUCUUCCACCCUGGGCAAAAGGGGACCCGCGAGAAUUCAUCAGAGUCCACCGCGAGGCUUUGGAGUGUGACUACGUGAGUGCCCAUCUCCAUGAGUGGAUUGACUUAAUCUUUGGCUAUAAACAGCAAGGCCCUGCUGCAGUAGAAGCUGUAAAUGUCUUCCAUCAUCUUUUCUAUGAGGGCCAAGUGGAUAUUUACAACAUCAAUGACCCACUAAAGGAGACAGCCACCAUCGGCUUCAUUAAUAACUUUGGUCAGAUCCCUAAACAGUUGUUUAAAAAACCUCAUCCACCAAAGCGAGUGAGGAGUCGCCUCAACGGUGACAAUGCAGGAAUGUCCGUCCCACCAGGCUCUACCAGUGACAAGAUCUUUUUCCAUCAUCUAGACAACUUAAGGCCUUCUCUGACACCCGUGAAAGAACUCAAAGAACCUGUGGGACAAAUAGUAUGCACAGAUAAAGGUAUUCUUGCAGUAGAACAGAAUAAAGUUCUCAUUCCACCUACCUGGAACAAAAGUUUCGCUUGGGGCUAUGCAGACCUCAGCUGCAGACUGGGGACCUAUGAGUCAGACAAGGCAGUGACUGUGUAUGAGUGUUUGUCUGAGUGGGGCCAGAUCCUCUGUGCCAUCUGCCCCAACCCCAAGCUGGCCAUCACAGGCGGCACGAGCACCGUCGUGUGCGUGUGGGAGAUGGGCACCUCCAAGGAAAAGGCCAAGACCCUCACGCUCAAGCAGGCUCUCCUUGGUCACACUGACACCGUGACCUGCGCCACGGCAUCCUUAGCCUAUCACAUAAUCGUCAGUGGGUCCCGGGACCGAACCUGUAUCAUUUGGGAUUUGAACAAGCUGUCAUUUCUAACCCAGCUCCGAGGCCAUCGAGCUCCGGUUUCGGCACUUUGUAUCAAUGAGUUAACAGGGGACAUCGUGUCCUGCGCUGGCACCUACAUCCACGUGUGGAGCAUUAACGGGAACCCCAUCGUGAGCGUGAACACCUUCACAGGGAGGAGCCAGCAGAUUGUGUGCUGCUGCGUGUCGGAGAUGAAUGAGUGGGACACCCAGAACGUCAUAGUGACAGGCCACUCGGACGGGGUGGUUCGGUUCUGGAGAAUGGAAUUUUUGCAAGUCCCAGAAACUCCGGCUCCUGAGCCUGUGGAAGUCCUAGAAAUGCAGGAAGACUGUCCAGAAGCACAAAUAGGGCAGGAAGCCCAAGACGAGGACAGCAGUGAUUCGGAAGCAGAUGAGCAGAGCAGCAGCCAGGAUCCUAAAGACGCUCCCAGCCAGCCGGGCAGCACCAGCCACAGGCCGAGGGCCGCCUCCUGCCGAGCCACAGCUACCUGGUGCACUGACAGCGGCUCUGAUGAUUCCCGCCGCUGGUCCGACCAGCUCAGCCUUGAUGAGAAGGAUGGCUUCAUAUUUGUCAAUUAUUCAGAGGGUCAGACCAGAGGCCCGCUGCAGGGCCCCCUGAACCACCCCCACCCCAACCCCAUUGAAGCACGGAAUUACAGCAGAUUGAAACCUGGGUACCGCUGGGAAAGGCAGCUGGUCUUUAGGAGCAAGUUGACAAUGCACACGGCGUUUGAUCGAAAGGACAAUGCACAUCCGGCUGAGGUCACUGCAUUGGGUGUCUCCAAAGAUCACAGUAGGAUACUCGUCGGCGACAGCCGAGGCCGAGUGUUCAGCUGGUCGGUGAGUGACCAGCCAGGCCGUUCCGCCGCGGACCACUGGGUGAAGGACGAAGGCGGGGACAGCUGCUCGGGCUGCUCAGUGCGCUUCUCCCUCACGGAAAGACGGCACCACUGCAGGAACUGCGGACAGCUCUUCUGCCAGAAGUGCAGCCGGUUUCAGUCUGAAAUCAAGCGCUUGAAAAUUUCAUCCCCGGUGCGUGUUUGUCAGAACUGUUAUUACAACUUACAGCAUGAAAGAGGUUCAGAAGACGGGCCUCGGAAUUGUUGAAGAUUAAGCAAGCCGAUUGGAGACCACGGUCUGUAGACCCCUUCCCGAUUCCCCCGUCACAGCCCGGAAGGCACGGAAAACAGUCUCCGUUUACACAUCUCUUCUUGGCGCGUGUUUGACGUGUUGCGCUCAGAGGGAACAGAGAAUAGACGGGGGCAGAGCGCAGGGGCAGGUGGGCGCUACUGAGGUGAACAGCACAAGAAGAGCAGGAGGUGGUUCCUGGGAGCAACCUUUUCAGUAUCCAGUUCUCCCUGAUAACAAUAGCUGUCUCCAAGAGAAAAAUCCUCACCUAUUAACUGUCUUUUCUUGCAUCUCAUUUUUAUAGAGCUACUCAUCCUUAUUUGGAAAAACCAACGACAAAAAAAAAAAAAAAGGCUUUUAGAAAAUAGUUGUAAAUCUGACUUCUUUGCAAGUUAACUGUGUAUAUUGUAAAUAGAUAUAAAGGCCUUUUUUUCUAAAUAAGGACUUAACUGCCUGUAACAUGAGAAUUCAAACUAAACCACUAACUCAAUGAACUACUUAUGGUUUGUGUGACAUCUCUCACUUACCAAUUAAUUAUAAAUGUUUUUUUUAAAUCUUCAAAGACAUUAUCUGUGGUAUUUUGCUUUUUUUUUUUUUUUCCUUU